CUCAAUUAAAAAGCAGCUGAAGAGGCAGGAUAUACCCAUCAAUACCCCAGCUUCAUCAGCCUGUGAUCAAUUGAUCCACCACCAUGCAGCGACACCGGCUGCUCGAGCUGAUCACCUUACUGGCUCUCGCCGUCUUCAGCGGAGUCUUGGCAGAUAAACCCAAGGUCCACCGAACGACAUUCGACAAUUUACCUGCGAAUUACUUUUAUUUCAAUGAUUCUCCGGUGCUGCUUUACCAUGACCCGAUUACGGGGGUCGUGUACCGGUCUGACAAUGAGGGCAAGACGUUUGAUCCGGUGAAGGGCGUGAAGGAGGGCGAGGCGCGGGAUUUGAUUCAGCAUCCAUUCGAUAAUGAGAAGGCGUUUAUUUUGAGUACGGGCACGAAGCAUUGGAGGACCGAAAACCAGGGAAAGUCGUGGCAAUCGUUCACGACGCCGCAUCCGCCGACAAACAUGGGCGCGCCGAUUGCGUUCUCGGCGACAAAGGGGAAUUACGCCAUUUUCACUGGGAUGAAGUGCGAGAUUGGGAUUUUUGGGUCGUGUCAGGAUGUUGCGUUUUACACGAAGGAUGCGUUCGACACGGAUCCUAAGCCGUUGUUGUCGAAUGUGAUUCAGUGUGCGUUUAUGCAAGCUUCGAAGCACUUCAAGGAGGGAGAUCCGCAGACUGUCUUUUGCGUUCGUCCUGACCCUGAUUCCAAGGACUCGUUCCCGGACAACUUACAACUCGUCAAAUCUUCCGACUGGUUCCAGACCACCGAGGACGUCUCCUUUGAAGGCUCUCGCGCUGUACGCGGAGUCGUCGGUAUCGUUGUCGUAGAGAAAUUCCUCGUGGCUGCUGUGAAGUCUUCUGGGACGGAUGAGAUGAGAAUGUAUGUCUCCCUGGACGGCAACCUUUGGGAUCGCGCCGAGUUCCCUCACGACUCUAAGCUCGAGGAGGACGCUUACACCGUGCUCGAAUCGACGCCAUACGCUAUUCAAGUCGAUGUCCUUGGUAACAAUGCCAUCAACCCCAUGGGUACGCUCUACACCUCGAACUCCAACGGUACCUACUUCGUCAGGCGCCUCGAGCACACGAACCGCAAUGUCGGUGGAAACGUGGAUUUCGAGAAGGUUGAUAAUGUCGAGGGUGUCGUCCUGGCCAACAUCGUCGCGAACUGGGAAGAGGUCCAAGAGCGCCGCAUGACUACUAAGAAGGUCCAGUCUCGGAUCUCCUUUGACGACGGUAACACUUGGCACCGUCUCAAGGGUCCGGGAUGCGAUGGGAAGAGCGCGGAUGAGUGUAGUCUGCAUCUUCAUUCUGUUACUUCUCCGCAUAACUCUGGUCGGAUUUUCUCUUCUACUGCCGCGCCUGGAAUCUUGAUGGGUGUCGGUAACGUUGGCUCUGAGAUUAAGGAGUACACUGAAGGCGACCUGUAUGCGUCUACGGAUGCUGGGUUGACGUGGUCUCUGUCUCGCAGUGGAGCGCACAAGUACGAGUUUGGCGAUGGUGGAUCUAUCCUUAUCGCUGUUGAUGACGAGGAAUCUACGGACAAGGUCGCCUAUUCCUUGGACUUUGGCAGGACGUGGAAGGAGGUCGACUUGGAUGGUAAAGUCAAGGCGAGAAUGUUGACCACCGUCCCUGACUCCACGAGUAGGAAGUUCACGCUCCUCGCAACCGGUGCUCGUGGUGAGAAAGACGAGGGCAAGACCCUCGUGGUCUUUGUCGACUUUGCCGACCUCGAUGAGCGGGAGAAGAAGUGUAAGCUUGAUGAGAAGGAUGAAGGAAAGUCCGACUUUGAGAAGUGGUAUGCACGUACUGUGGAUGGACAGCCGCAGUGCUUGAUGGGACACAAGGAGUUUUUCUGGAGGAAGAAGGUUGAUAGGGAGUGCUUUGUCGGAGACAAGUAUGAAGAUCCUGUCCCUGUGGAAGAAAACUGCCCUUGCACGGAUGCCGAUUAUGAGUGUGACUACAACUUUGUCCGUGGAGAUAAUGGUGAGUGUGUUCCUGCUACUGGUGCACCGGAUCUUAUCCCACCUGGUCAGUGUACCAAGCCCGGUGACAAGUACAUGGGCAUUAGCGGCUACCGACUCAUUCCCGGCAACACCUGCGACAAGAGCAAGGGUGUCAGGAAGGAUGAGCCGGUCGAGAAGACCUGUGGAGAGAUGCACGUGCCUAGCGGAAAGGUCGGACACCACCAGACCGAGUUCAAGGGCGAGGUGAAGCAGUACUACUAUCUCGAGCGCUCUGAGACAUCAUCUGGAAAUGAUGAGACUGUGAUUCUGAGGACCACGAAGAAUGAGGUGUGGAAGACGCAUGACCAGGGUGGUAAGUGGGACAGGAUCUUGGUUGACCAGGAGGUCAUCUCGAUCGUUCCGCACCCCUACUUCAAGGAUUACGUCUACUUCUUGACUGUGUCGAAAAAGCUCUUCUUCUCCAAGGAUCGCGCAAAGACGAUCUCGGAAGUUGAAACACCACUUCCUCCCAACGGGUUCGGAGUUCAGGUGCUGCAGUUCCAUCCCGUUCAUUCAGACUGGAUCAUUUACACGGGCGGCAAGAACUGCGAGGAUGUCUUCGGUGACAACUGCCAUGCUGUCGCAUACUACUCCAAGGACGGUGGUUUCAGCUGGGAUAAGAUUGCGCAGUAUGUUCGCACUUGCUCCUGGGCUCGCGGAAAGAAGUUCGUGGUUGACGACGAUCUUGUCAUUUGCGAGAAGUAUUCUUCCGAGUCUGGAGCACAGGAGUCGAUGACUGCGCGCGACCUUCAGUUGAUCUCUUCGAAUGAUUACUUCGAGAAAGACAAGAAUGUGCACUUCAAGCAAAUGGUUGGGUUCGCCCCCGUGGAGGAGUAUAUCGUUGUCGCUGAGCUUGACGAGGAAAGCAAGGCUUUGACCAUGCAUGUUACCGUCGAUGGCAAGAACUACGCCAAGGCGCACUUCCCGCCUAAGUUCAAGAUCGAUCAUCAGCAGGCGUACACCGUUAUGGACUCUGUCACUGACUCGAUCUUCUUGCACGUAACGACCAACCCGAGGACUGGAUCUGAAUGGGGUUCCAUUAUGAAGUCCAACUCGAACGGAACGUAUUAUGUCCUGUCUGAGGAGAAGGUCAAUCGUGACACCUACGGCUACGUCGACUUCGAGAAGAUGCAGGGAUUGGAAGGUGUUGCGGUCAUCAACGUCGUGACCAACGCUGACGAUGCUUUGGCCGGAGCCAAUAAGAAGCUUAAGACGAAAGCUACUCACAACGAUGGUGGGGAGUGGAACUUCAUUGCGCCGCCGAAAAAAGAUUCGGAGGGCAAGUCCUUCUGUUCUGGAUCGUUGGAGCAGUGCUCUCUCAACUUGCACGGCUACACCGAGCGCAAGGACUUCCGGGACACAUUGUCUUCUGGAUCUGCUGUCGGCCUCAUGCUCAGUGUUGGAAACGUUGGCGAAUACUUGACGGGUUACGGUGACGGCAACACGUUCAUUACCCGUAAUGGUGGCGUGACCUGGAAGGAGGCACACAAGGGUACGUACAUGUGGGAGUACGGCGACCAGGGUUCGAUCAUCGUCAUCGUCAAUGACCGCGAGCCUACGAACAAGAUCCUCUACACCCUGAACGAGGGUGAAAGCUGGGAGGAGUACGUGUUCGCGAACGAGGAUGCGAAGGUAAAGGUCACCGAUAUCGCCACUGUUCCCUCGGAUACCAGCCGUCGCUUCCUCCUCUUUGGCAAGUCGACACACUCUGACAAGGUCCUGGCUAUUCAGCUUGACUUCACUGGCCUGACCGACCGUCAAUGUAACCUCGACCCCGAGAACGCCGCGGACGACGAUUUCGAGCUCUGGACUCCCAUGCACCCUGAAUCCGAGAACGGCUGUCUCUUCGGCCAUAAAGCUCAGUACCACCGCAAACUUACGGACCAUCUCUGCUACAUUGGCUCCAGGAUCCCGCAGCCGCACAAGAUUCUUGAUAACUGCACUUGUACCCGCCAGGACUUCGAAUGUGAUUUCAACUACCAGAGAGCGAGUGAUGGGUCGUGUGUGCUCGUCGAUGGUGCGACGCCCCUGGAUCACUCGCUGGUUUGUGCACAGGCUGAUGUGGUGGAGUGGUUCGAGCCGACUGGAUACCGUCGUAUUCCGAUCACGACUUGUCAGGGUGGAAAGGAGUUGGAUAAAUUCAUCGCACACGCCUGCCCCGGAAAAGAACGCGAAUUUGAGCGUGAGAGGGGAAAGAAGGGCUUGCACGGUUUCGGAUUGUUCGUGGUGAUCUUGCUGCCGUUCUUGGCUGCUGGUGGUGUUGCGUGGUAUGUGUACGCGAGAUGGCAAGCUCGAUAUGGCCAAAUCAGGCUCGGGGAUGAGGGGGUCAGGGUUGAGGAUAGUCCCGUUGUGCGAUACCCCAUUAUCGCGGUUUCUGCACUCGCUGCGGUGGUGAUGACUGUUCCGGCACUCUUGAAAGCCCUUGGGGGGGCUGUUGCGGGGAUGAUUUCGAGAAAUAAGAGGUUCACGACCAGGGGUAGUUUUGCGAGGGGAGAGUAUUCGACGCUCGGGAGGACGAGUUUGGAUGAUGAUAUCUUGGGGGAUUCGGAUGGGGAGACAUAGAUAGGCCUUCUCAAUGAGGUUGUGUGCGGGACGAUCGCGUACGAAUUACUAUUAGGUCCGAUAUUCUAAGACCUGUCUAAGUCUUCUCUACUACGUCUUGGUCU